UGCAACUAGUCCAUCACGUAAACACAGAGCUGCACAGUAUAUAACUGACUACUGUAUAAUUGUAAGACUGCUAAUUAUUAAUAGCAUUAUGCAUAAUUCAGCGUGAUACAUGUACGCGUGGGAUGUAUCGUACCGUAUGCGAUUGAUCGUACUCUCGGGUCAAAGUUCGAAAGUACAGUUUGGGACGGUUCCAUAAGUCGAACGUCAACGACAGCACAGAAACAACAAUGGCAAUGCAGUGCUUGAGAUUACUUGCAAACAACGUGCCGAGAGCUACGUGCACUGUCAACAAUGUCAACCGACACAUUGCCUCGCUCUCUAUGCUGCCAGACACGUAUCAGAUGCUGUACAAAACGUGCAGGGACUUCGCCGAGGAAGAAUUGAAGCCUGUCGCAGCAGAAAUUGACAAGAAGCAUCUUUUUCCCACGGAGCAGAUCAAGAAGAUGGGCGAGUUGGGUCUCAUGGGUUUGUGCGUUCCUGAAGCACUGGGUGGAACGGGAUUGGAUUACCUGGCCUAUGCCAUAGCCACGGAGGAAAUCUCCAGAGGUUGUGCGAGCGCCGGCGUUAUAAUGAGCGUGCAAAAUUCCCUCUACUUAGGCCCCAUAAACGCGUUCGGGACCGACGAACAGAAAGAACAAUACAUCAUUCCUUUUACAAGCGGCGAGAAGAUCGGCUGUUUCGCUCUCAGUGAACCGGGUAACGGAUCUGACGCCGGUGCGGCGUCCACCACUGCAAAAGCGGACGGCAACGUUUACACGGUUAACGGCACCAAGUCGUGGAUAACAAACGGAUAUGAAGCCAAUGGAAUAGUUCUCUUUGCGACGACCGACAAGUCCAAGAAGCACAAAGGUAUAAGCGCUAUUGUAGUGGACAAACCGACGGCGGGUCUGAGCCUGGGCAAGAAGGAGGAUAAAUUGGGUAUACGAGGCAGCAGCACUUGCUCCUUGAUCUUCGAGGACUGUCAAGUGUCGCAAAAUAACACCCUAGGCAAACCAGGAAUGGGCUUUAAAAUCGCGAUGAUGACUCUAGAUUCUGGCAGAAUAGGAAUCGCCAGUCAGGCGUUGGGCAUAGCUCAAGCAUCUCUGGAUUGCGCGAUGGAUUACGCAGCCAAACGCCAAGCCUUCGGUCAGCCGAUCGUCAAGCUGCAGGCAAUUCAACAAAAAAUCGCUGACAUGGCUCUGAAACUGGAAAGUGCAAGACUGCUGACGUGGCGAGCGGCUCAGCUUAAGGAUAGCGGUAAAUCGUACACGAAGGAAGCCGCCAUGGCCAAACUGUCGGCAUCGGAAACCGCCACGUUCUGCGCCCAUCAAUGCAUACAGAUUCUGGGAGGGAUGGGAUACGUGUCGGAUAUGCCGGCGGAACGUCAUUACAGGGACGCGCGUAUCACGGAGAUCUACGAAGGCACGUCGGAGAUCCAGAGACUCGUGAUCGCCGCGAAUCUCGUCAAAGAGUACGGCCUCAAUUGAGAUCGCACGACUCACGCACGUAAGAUAAAAUCCUCCAGUAUCUUUCUUUUAUAUCCAAAGAGAGAGCAAAAUAUAUUUUGUACGUAUUGCAUAUCAUAUUAGAUUUUGUAUAU